AAAGAAGAGAAGGAAUCAGCGAACAUUAAAGUUGUUCCGAAGUCUGCGAAGGCUGCGGCGGUCUUCAACGAGGACAGUGAUAGCGAACCAGAGGAAAUGCCAGUGGAGGCUCGAAUGCGAAUGAAAAAUAUCGGAAGAGACACGCCAACAUCUGCAGGACCUAACUCAUUCAACAAAGGCAAGCUUGGCUUCGUGGACAGCCACAAACAGUGGGAACUUCAGCAGCUUGAUAUACUUAAGAAGAUAAAGAAGUAAACAUGGAUCAAAACCAAACUCAACAAAUUAUUCUCGCGUUACAGACAUUACUUGAUCCUUCAGCAACCCAGUGUAUGCGCACUGAAGCUUUGAAUUUGUGUGAAUCGUAUAAAAGUAAUCCACACUGCGCCGAAAUAGGUUUUGAAUUAUUAGGGCAUCGUAGUUUAGACGCCCAUGUUCGUUACUUUGGUUUGCAACUUAUAAAACACCGUGUUCGUCAUCAUUGGGUGAAUAUGGAAAGCACGGAACAGAACGCUGUGCAGUCGCUUACAUUGGAAAUGGUGAACACUUGCCCUGGUAAUGAAGUUACUUAUAUCAAGACUGGUUUGGCAGGUGUAUUGACUGAGAUAGUAAAACACACGUGGCCACAACAAUGGCCGAACAUGAUGGAGGAAGUGGUCAUCGCGAAUAAAAACUCCGAAGUUGGAACGACGGAAAUUAUUGAACAGAUGCUGCUUGACCUCGCAGAAGAUGUGGCUUUGUUGCAAAAUGUUUCAAACCGGACAAGAGGACGAGACUUACGACAAGCCCUGGGGUUAUCUGCCCCUAAUAUUCUCGCUUUCCUGUUGGGAGCUUUGAAGAAACAGAUCUCUGUUUUAUACGACGAUGCAUCACCUGAGAAUAUCCAUCUAGCUGGGACAACGUUGAGGACGAUAUCCACGUAUGCAGAGUGGGUGAAACUGGACCAUAUAUUCAUGAAUGAUGGGAUAUUAAUUGAAGUUAUAUUUGGACUUCUAAACAACAGUGAACUACAACUACCAUCUGCUGAAUGCUUGCUGAGUAUCGCCAACAGGAAAGGGACGAGUGAACGGAAGAGAUUGUUGAUUCUGACGACCGAUUUUUUCGUUGAGAAAUAUGCAGUCGCCAUAAAAAACGCCUCGCAGCGUGAUGGUUUAACUGAAAAGAAAUUCCAGUUCCUUCGAUGCAUGACCAAACUUAUGAUGACGUUCAACAGCAUGAUCAUCACACAGUGGCUGGAGGAUGAAAAGAUGAUACGAGUUCAUCGAAGUUUGGAGAAUUAUCAAAACUUCUUCCAAGUUCUUUUCUUCCUCACGAGCCAUAAGAGUCGAGUGAUUGCGCAAUCCGUUAUUCUCUCGUGGGUUAACUUGCUCCGAGUUAAAGAAAUGAAGAAAGAUGAAACUCUGCAAGCCAUGGUUCCAGCGCUGAUUAACCUGGUGAUUGAUUAUUUAAACAACAAGCAUAUAAAGCAAACUGAAUAUGUUGAAUACGAGGAAUUGGAAAUAAACGAUCAUGAUGAACUGGAUAUGAUUAUCAAGGUCUUGAAUGGGAAUAUGAUUGAAGUCUUGAAGUUUUGUACAUCCACACUUCCCCUGCCUGCUGCUCAUGCAUGUUUUGAAUAUGCUGGAAGAUUACUGAAGGUAAAGUUUGAAAAUGUUCAUGAAAUGCAGAAGAAAUGGGAAGGGUUGGCAGCAUUCAUUGAAUGUGUGAUGUCAGCUAUGCUUUUGCCAGCUGAGCAGAGGGGGGAGAUGGGGUUGCUGCCGUAUACAGCAGGUGAGCUUUUGUUUGAAACUCUUCAAGGCAUCGACUGUGAGAAUAUUGUGGUUCAUAAAGCCGUGAUCAACAUUUGCUCAAGUUUGUACAAGAUGUUGUCCCUUUCCACCAAUGCUGCGCUGUAUUGCAAAAAGGUUAUCGACCGUGCGUUUCUAACUAUGGAUAUGACAAGUGGUUUAAAAAGCAAACCAGAAAUGACAGGUUUGCGACGGCAAGCGUGCUCCAUUUUUAUCAGAAUGGCCAAGUCAUAUUCAAACAUAAUGAUCCAGUAUAUGGAAGAUAUUAAUAACUGGAUACAGGAGCGCACACUAGGUGAGAAGUCACUCUCACAGUUUGAGAUGUGCUCCUUGUUUGAGGGAAUGAUCGUACUCAGUUCUGAGUGGAAAAACUUUGACAGACAGAACAAAUUGAUUGGUAACUUAAUGGCCACCACUGCCCCUAUUGUACAUGCAGAUUACUUCAACAAAGCAUUGGCAGGACCCAUGGAGUUUGCUACAGCCAUUGGUUUCUGUACUACAGAUGAAAAUGAGCAAUCCUUUGAGAUAAGAGCUGGAUUAUAUUAUUACAUUUCUUUGACCCUUGGCGUUUUAUCAAGGAGUAAAAUCCCAGAGAAUCAGAAGGAGCUUGAAGCUGGUGGUUUCAUUAGGAAUGGCAAAGUGACCAACCCAUGUUGUGGGUAUAUAGAAGCUGCCAUUGACCAUAUGUUCACACUCACUCAGCUAAUGUCAUCCAUGUGGUCGCCAGAGGUUGGCAAAGUCUUCCACCCUGAUAAUGCUCAAGCACUUACGAUACGAUCAGGUGAAAAGCGAUGUCUGGUGUUUAUUGAAGUUGAUAAAAUGAAACCUCAUCAGGACGAAGUACCUCGUGCCCACUGGGAAAAAAUCCAAUUCUUCCUCUCAUUGGGAUUGGACAGUCUCUUUACUUUGCUUGGCCAUACUGGGGUGGUGCUUGGUGAAAGUUUUUACAAGAUUCCCACCCUACAACACACCAUCAACACUAAAGCUCUGGGGUAUGUGGUCAAUAUUCCUACACUAAGGUUGAAGUGUCUUCUCCGUCAAUUCCUUGCCAAAAUAUUAAAGAGUUGCCCGCUUGACAUGGUGCAUGAGUUCACCAGCCCCAUCCUAUUCACUUACUGUAGGUUCAUGCUGGAGAGGUUGGGAGCUGCAUGGGAGGCGUAUGGGAAGAGGGAAGCUGAGAGACUCGUCAUCCAGCGAGGCAGGGGGUCGAUCGGGUACACAUCGGAGCAGGAGCAGCAAGAGGAAGAGGAGAUGUUGGAGGAGCAACUUCUUCGAUCCAUAACUCGUGAGCAUCUUGAACUGAUCAUCAAUCUCUGUGUGAAUAAAACUCCCCAAAAGGAUGAUGAGCAUUCACAAUCUACAUCACUUGGAAGUCACCACCUCGCACAGCUUACAGAUCUUGGAGCUGUCCUUGCUGUUUCUCCUGCUUGUGAAAAUAUGUUACCUUGUGUGUUAGCAGCCCUUGCAUGGCACGAUACUUCGUCUUGCUACAAAGCUGCCCAGAUAUUGUGGCCUUUGCUUAAAAUGUUGAUGAACGUAAAAGAAAAUAUUUUUAAUCCAGACAUCACACGUGCUGUGUUUGAAGCCAUGCUACGAGGCCUACAUAGACACGGACAACAUGAUGGAUGUGAAUCACAGUUGCUAUCCUUGCUGCUAAUGUUUAUUCAACCCCUACACACCAAACACGCCGCUUUAUUCACCUCUAUCAUGCUUCAAGCUGCCCCAGAUGCUGACCAAGCCCUCGUUCACAAAUUCUUUGUCAAUUUCGAGAAAACGAGUGAAAAACAGCGUAAAUCUGCGUUGAAAGAGAUGCUCAGUGGAAUAAUUGAGCAACAUGUCAGCCAACAGUUUAAAGAAAUUCCUAAAAUGAACAUUUUAGAACCGUUGCAAAUAAAGAAACGUAACCAAAAGUCUAAACCUGAAGAUUCCUAUACUGGUUUAGCUCAAUUAUUUCAACCGUAAUAAUUCAUCACAUUGCUAGUUAAUUAUGUAGUCAUGAAUUAGGUAUUAUGCCUGUAGUAGUGAAUUUUUUUUAACAUUGUUACAAUCUGUGUCAUACGUGUAUAUGCUAACCAAAACUUUGGAUAAAGUUCGUAAAAUUUUGUUUUAUUGUGUUAUUCAUUCAAAAAGUCCGCAAUUAUUCGUUAAAAGUUUGUGUUUUGUAAAUUAAACCAGUAUCAAAAAUGCA